AUGUCAAACCAACAACACCUUGACUUGUCAGACUUCAUCAGAAUCGGUAACGGCUCCUGGGGUCCCGUCUACAAGGUCCUCCACCGCCCCUCCGACACCCACUUCGCCCUCAAGGUAAUCUACGGAAAUCACGAUGAUGAUUUCCGCGGCCAGAUCCUUCAUCAAAUCAAGCUCCUGCAUGGCAUCGAUAACAUCAACAUCGUCAAGUGUCAUGACGUGUUUGAUCGUGAUGGUGAAUUUCAGGUUCUUCUUGAAUACAUGAACUGUGGAUCUCUUCAAGGCACGCUCUUGUCCGACGAAUCCUCUUUGGCUGACCUCACCCGUCAGAUUCUCUCCGGUCUCCACUACCUCCACCGGAAUAACAUCGCCCAUCGUCAUAUCAAACCUUCAAAUCUCUUAACUAAUUCCAAAAAAGAAGUGAAGAUUGCGAUUUCCGGGGUUACGAGGAUCUUGGAACAGACGACGCAUCCUUGUAAAGAUCCAGUGGGUACGAUUGCUUACAUGUGCCCGGAAAGGAUAAACACGGACCUGAACCAAGGAAAAAACGAUGGUUACGCUGGAGAUAUAUGGAGCAUGGGUGUAAGCAUUUUAGAACUGUAUAUGGGGAUUUUACCGUUUGAGGUAGGAAGAUCCGAUGAUUGGGCGAGUCUUAUGAUGGCGAUUUGUAUGUCUCCGCCACCUAAAGCGCCGGCGACCGCUUCCACAGAGUUUCAAGAUUUUGUGGGACGAUGUUUGCAGAGGGAUCCAGCAAAGAGAUGGACAGCAGCACAGUUGUUGGGGCACCCGUUUGUUACACGGGAAGCCAUCGCAGAUGAUAUCUACGAGACUACGACUACAACUAUUUCCCUUGAGGGUGCCUCUACUCAAAUAUAA